UAUUUAUUUAAAUUAUUAAGAAUAAAGAAUAAUAUAAAAAGCAGCAUGUUAAUGUUGAUGUUUUGUCUUUUUGGCUAGUUUAAAGGGACUGAAGAAAAACAAUGGAACAUCAGUAUGCUGAGUUUGUGGACACGCACUAUGAAGCUCUCAUUCAAAGAGGUACAUCUGUGAUGACCAUCGCUGAUAAGCUGUAUGAAAACAGAAAGCUUACCUGGAGUCAGUAUUCAAAAAUCACAAACUCAACUAAAAGGACCCAAAGUACAGAGCUUUCAAAAGCUGUGAAAUCUGGAGGAUCUGCAGUAAAAUCUGCUUUUUAUGAAAUACUGCAAGAAAUAGAGCCUGAUGUCAUUCAAGAACUUGAAGGUUCAUCCUUACAGACGGCCGAUGACAAGCGGGUAACUGAGUGUCACCAUCAAAAAGUAGCAACAGAAAAUGUGCAAGAUAAGACAGACAAACUAGAUGAUGAUAUCAUCAGGUGCAACCCAUCCUCAAUAAAACACAGAAGUAAAAUAGAGGAGCUCCAGAAAGAUCCCUCCAAGAAAAAAGUCAGUAACAUCUUCUUUUCUAGAAGUAAUAAUUACAUUAUUGGCUCUGGAGGAAGUGGCACAGUAUAUCUCGGCCUGAAGGAAGAUGGCACUGAGGUGGCCAUUAAACGAAUAACCAAGGAUCCACUGAAUAGCAAAGACUUUGAAAAUGAACUGAAGCAUCUACGAGAUUUAAAGCUUGAGAGCAAGAACAUCGUCAGGUAUGUGGACUUAGCAGAGGAUGAAGAUUUUUAUUAUCUUGCGCUACAGCUUUGUGAAUAUGAUAUGGAGGACUACAUGGAAAAUCUUCGUCUGCAGGAGCAAAAGGACAAAGACAACGCUUUGAGGAAAAUAGUGAAGGAGAUGCUUCUUGGCCUUCAAGUUCUUCACCGCGCUGGAGUGAUACACCGCGACAUAAAGCCUAGAAAUGUUUUGAUAGAUUCAGGAAAAAAUGCCAGGCUGGCCGACUUCGGCUUGAGUCGCAAACUGGAGGAGGGCAGAAGCACAGUUCAUACUGUUAGAGCUGGUACUCAAGGCUGGGAGGCAACGGAGAUCCUGAAUCAGUCUGAAAAGAGUGGUUAUAAAAAGAGCUCAGAUAUCCAGGUUGCUGGGAUGUUGGUGUACUACAUCCUCUCUGACGGAAAACAUCCUUUUGGGGACAUGGAUCGUGAGGUGAACAUCAAGAAUGGGAACUACUCUCUUGAACAUGUACAAGAUAUAGUAGCCAAGGAUCUCAUUGAAUGGAUGAUCAACAAAGAACCAGCAGAGAGACUGACUGUUGAUGAGGUCCUACGACACCCUUUUUUCUGGGAUGAUCACAGGAAAGAUGCAGUCCUCAGGAAGCUGGGUGAUAGGCCUGAAAUCCAGAACUACGAGUAUUUAGCAAAACUUCGCAAUCUCUACAUAGAAAAGGAGCACACAGAGGAAACAGACCCAACAGCAACACUGACCAUCUAUGAGGCCUUCAGUGAACUUAAAAUCGAGAAUGAAAAGAAGAGAAGGGACAUCCUUGCUAUAGUGGGUGAGGAUUUAAAAAACCUUUGGAAGCUCUUCAAAACUGCAAAGGAGGCCACAGAGGGAAAAACCUUUUCUAAUUGGAAAUUGCAGCUUUCAGAAAUAUGGCCAGACAUCAACAAGAAGCUUCCGGAGGACGUACUUGGCCUGCUGCGUGUUUUGCGCAACAAACUGGUGCAUGGGAAUGUCAGAAAUGAAUUUGAAGAGAACAACAUUUUUGGUCUUUUCCCGGACUUCUUCAUCAGUUUACAUAGAGUGGCUAAAGAAUUAGACUGGGAUUAUUGGAGAAGCUGAGAGGACAUUACAUGGCGAAAGCGUUUGCAGUUUUCACAUUCAGCACAGAGGGCAGUCAUUGUUCUCAAACUUGUUACAUAACUUCAUUUCAAUUGGGUUUUGUAGUUCAGAUAGAUUCACAGAUUAAAGGUUAAAAAGGCUGUGAUUAUAUUUUCUCUUUUAAUUACAAAGUUUUCAGGGUCUACUCAAAUAAGGUUUUGUUUGAACCAACUAAAAUUGCAGCAGAAAGUUGGUGGAUGUAUAUUAGUAACAAAAACAUGUUUGUUUGAAUUUUGCU